CCCACCGCGGCCCAGCCAUUUUCCUCCGGCAAAUUCCCACCACAGCGCGCGCGCGCGCUCCGCUCCAUGGAUGCCCCCCACUGCCCAGUCCGCCGCCAUCUGCCACCGCCGCUCCAGCUCCCGCCCUUCUCGUCUCCGAUUCUCGGGUACCGGCGCCGCGUCGCCAGCGCCGUGGCAUGCUGCUUCUCCGCGGCGCUUGGAGACCAGCACCAGGAGCGGCCGUGGGAGUCCUACGACCGCGACAUCCAGUCCCACGCCGGCUCCGACCUGUCCCGCUCCCUCGGCCUCCUCGCCGACAUGCAGGCGGCCGGGGCACGCCCCAGUGCCGCGGCGUACGCGCGCCUUAUCCGCGCGCUGGGCCGCGCGGGGCGCACGCUCGAGGCCGAGGCGCUCCUGCUCGAGAUGCGCCGCCUCGGCCCGCGCCCGGACGCCGCGCACUACAACGCGCUCCUCGAGGGGCUGCUCGCCAGGGCGCACCUCAGCCUCGCCGACCGCCUCCUCCUCCAGAUGGCCGACGACGGCGUCGCGCGGAACCGGCGCACCUACAUGCUCCUGCUGGACGCGUACGCGCGCGCGGGCCGGCUCGAGGACUCGUGGUGGGUCCUGGGAGAGAUGAGGCGCCGGGGCAUCCGGCUCGACACCGCCGGGUACAGCAUGCUGGUGCGCCUUUACCGGGACAAUGGCAUGUGGAAGAAGGCCACCGACCUCGUUAUGGAGAUGCAGGAGCUCGGGGUUGAGCUCGAUGUUAAGAUUUACAACGGAUUGAUCGAUACUUUCGGCAAGUAUGGCCAGUUGGCGGACGCACGCAGGAUGUUCGACAAAAUGCGCGCAGAAGGGAUCAAACCGGACAUUUUGACUUGGAAUGCUCUGAUUCUAUGGCAUUGUCGAGUUGGGAACAUGAAGCGUGCUCUGCGAUUCUUCACCUCAAUGCAGGAGGAAGGGAUGUACCCGGACCCAAAGAUAUUUGUUAUGAUCAUCAGCCGGUUGGGGGAGCAGGGGAAGUGGGAUGACAUAAAAAGGCUGUUUGAUGGCAUGAAGAAUCGAGGUUUCAAGGAGAGUGGCGUAGUGUAUGCUGUAUUGGUUGACAUUUACGGGCAAUAUGGCCAUUUCCGUGAUGCACAUGAGUGUAUAGCUGCUCUCAAAGCUGAAAAUACGCAGCUUUCGCCUCGCGUCUUUUGUGUCCUUGCCAAUGCUUAUGCUCAACAGGGGUUGUGUGAACAAAGUGUAAAUGUACUUCAGUUAAUGGAGGAAGAAGGAUUUGAGCCAAAUCUUGUUAUGCUGAAUUUGUUAAUCAACGCUUUUGGCACUGCUGGAAGGCAUUUAGAGGCACUGGCUGUAUUCCAGCAUAUCAAGGAUAGUGGUAUGAGCCCAGAUGUUGUGACAUACACUACACUUAUGAAAACAUUCAUGAGAGCAAAGAAAUUUGAAAAGGUAUCUGAAGUUUACAAGGAAAUGGAACGUGCUGGAUGCACUCCGGACAGGAAAACUCGAGAAAUGUUGCAUGAUGCCUCUGUUAUAUUGGAACAAAGAGGAUGUAUCUAUUGAAAUUGGAACACUUGCUAUUCUAAAUGGCCCAGGUGUCAAUGUUCCUAGUGUCUUGCAAAUGCAUGGUGAAGAAAUCAUCUGAAAGGAAACAGAAGGUGGGUAUUAGUUUUACACCUUAAUUUAUAUGCUAUCGUUUCUCUAGUUCUCCUAUUCGGAUGACACUAUAAGAUGGAUUAUCAAUUUGCAUAAGUUGUUCCAAGUAACUAAUCCACCAAGUAGACAUUUAAUUUUGUGUUAUCAGUUUUAUCUACUGCUGAUUUGAUGAAAAGAAUAUCUGGGAAAAAAACAUUUGAUUAGACUAUGGAAGUUUGAUGUCCAUCACCUUCUAUGGUGUCACUAUGUAUAUGUAAAUGUUGCCUUACCAUAUGAACAUGUCCAUGACCUCUCCAUUUCAACUUUGAAGGCCUACUUGAUUUACUUCCAACAUAUCAGCUAAUCCUUUGAUCACACUUGAUAGAAAGUUCCCUUUCAUCAAGAUGAUAGCUCACUGGUAUUGUUCUCCUAUGCUGGGAAAUAAUGUGCCUGCAAAAAGUGGGACGAUCACAGGAUACUCUUCGUGUCCAAAACUUCGAAAAGUUUAUGUUGCACAGAGAGGUGAACAAGGUCUGGGGUUUACUGAUGCUGGUUUGCACUUCGGUGGCCAAUCAGGAUUUUUACUGGUAUGCUUUAAACUUGAGUGCAAAUGUCAAUCAGGGUUUAUGGUCAAAGACUCAAAGUAACCCUAUCAGGCAUAAAGAUAGAGUAAACAGAAAGCGAAAGAGUCAUGAAUAAUGAGAAGGAUAUUGAUAAGUAUGGGGAUGAAGUGCAUCAAUAUUGUGGAAAUUCCUUAUGUUGCUGUCAUUCUGAGUCAUAUCUUAGGAACUUAGUACGACAAAUAAAUGUAGAAAAAUAUUAGGUGUACUGAUUAUUGACUUUGUGACUAGAUUCAGCUAACUACAGGGUCAGCUUAUGUAAUCAGCCAUCAUGUGGCUUCCAGCCAACUAUAUUUUUCACUAAUUACAAUACCUACUUUUCAUUUCUCU